UAGACAUUCAACCAAAACAGAUUGUCAUACACGGCAAAAGUUCAGAACUGUCGUGAUGGCGGUGAUGCUUAAGUUAACUUAUCUGAAUGGUGUGGAUGUUAUCACGUGGUUGGUGCAGGAUGUUCUGCAAUUGCUUUUUCUGGAAUGGUCCUUAUCAUGAAGUUGUGACACAAUGAUGUAUCAUCCCUCAAUCUUCCUUUGCAACCUGUAGAAUGGUAUUAUGGCUAAUAAUUUGCAUGCCCAUUGGGCAACUAGAUUGCCCCAUCGACCUGAUGCACACCGUACAAUCAGCGACGUACUUAGGCAAGGUAACAGAACUGUUGAUUGAUGGUCGAAGUGAGGCUAAAUUCCUUUGUUCAUUUUAGUACGCGAGCGGGAAGAACAAGAAAACUUACUUGGGGAUGACGAGAAUGCCAAUGCGGACCACGAGGGAUGUUUAAACCUGACGGAAAGUUUUGUACAAAAUCCAUACCAGCAGUUACCUGUAUAUAGGAACAUACAUAGGAUACGUCGAUUGAUGCUGGCGAGCAUUGAUGACCCGUACACGCUGGAACAAUUACAAGGACCACGAAUCAACGUAGCUCUAGUUCGCCCCCUUGUCGAUCGACUUUAUGACCCCCAAGACAUUUCCAUUGUUUUCUGCCUGCUUGUUAACCGACAAGAAUUCAUUCGUGAUCAACAAUAUCAGGCACAUCACCAAACCGUGAAUCUCACUCGAGCAACUUUAUGUGAAUUGGUAGCGACGAGAGUCCUUCGCCGGCACAGUGAGGACAACCCAGGUCGAGACGGCCUUCUCUUGCUUGCAAACAUCUUGGUAGCCGGUUUUGAGCCGUUUCAGAAUGCUCCAGAAGAAGUCCUGCAGCAGAGCCAUCAUUCCGGUGCUGCUCAAUGGUUUGUGCAGAAACGAAAUGGUUACGAGAGGAAGCUUACUGCAUUGGAGAUCGCCAUCAUUUCAGAAAGCAAGCUUUUUCUGAGCAGCUCUGCUUGUCAGAAAGUGGUCGAUGCGGUAUACACGGGAAGAAUCGUCUACACGCCAACAAGCUUCAUCGAUCUAAUUCCGGAUCAUUACAAGCACAAGACAGUGGCGCUUUAUUCACCGAACAAAGCAUCUUUACUCAAUCAAUACCGUUUAAUUGUCCCCCGUACGAGAAACUUGCUUGAAAUUGGUCACUUCGUCAUAUUGCUCAUUCUUUACAGUGUCACUAUGGUGUACAGAGACGGGCCCAGAAUGACCGGUUGGGAAUUAGCAUUCCUGAUAUACGCUGCAGGAUGGGUACUCGACGAGUUUGCGUCCACGCUUGAGCACGGCUGGCAGGUCCACACGCAAAAUUUGUGGAGCUUUCUGGAUAUAGGCUUCGUUUUCAUCUAUUGGGUCUACUUUGUGCUGAGAAUGAUUGGCAUUGCGAAAGACAACGACGAACUGGGUAGACAAGCACUCGAUGUUCUCGCGUGUGCUGCUCCAAUUGUCUUUCCGCGGAUCGCAUUCAAUUUAAUGUCAGAAAACGUGCUUUUCUUAUCCUUAAGGGUAAUGAUGAAACAGUUCGUAGCCCUAACUGCCUUAGCUAUCUGGUGCUUCGGUGGGUUUUUGCUUGCCAUGCGAUGGCUGUCUCGAUGGCAUCCGGACAGCAUUGAUCAUCGCCAACCAGCGCACGAUCCGACGACUAUUGGCAAAUGGAUGAUAUGGAUCUGGUUUGGAUUAGAUGGCACAGGUAUAACGCGGUCGUCCGACUUCCACAUGAUUCUGGGUCCAAUACUCAUGAUUGCCUUCGCCUUCCUCGGCAACACCUUGUUCUUGACUAUCCUGGUAUCAAUGCUCAGUAACACGUUCUCGAAGCUGGUUGCGGAUGCCACUGCUGAGAUACAAUUUAGGCGGGCUGUUUUGACAUUUGAAGGCGUCAAGAGCGAUGCGAUAUUUGCAUACAGGCCACCAUUCAACAUUCUCGCACUUGUAAUUCUCGUUCCACUAAAGUUCGUGGUUUCUGAGCGAUGGUUCCACAAAAUUCAUAUUACUGCCGCACGAAUAUUAAACCUUCCUAUUCUCUUGGCUGUCAACAGCUGGGAACGAAAGCGCCUGUGGAAAAAGAAGGAUCUGGCUCCUGGUGCGCCUUUGAAGCGUGUCAAAGGACGUGGUGGCCUUUGGGCUCAGCUAUCAGUCCACGCAGACAUACAAGCCGUGUUUGACGCUGAGCCUCCUGAAUCUAUGGUAAAGGAGAUUGAGGAGGAAGAUAUGCUAGACGAUGACGUGCUAGACGUUGGUAUUGCCAGGAACAGAUCGAUCAGUCCAGGAAGUGCAAGCCAGAUUCGCCGUAGAAGAUUCUCCAGCAUUGUGCCACGAGAUUAGCGCACAAGCAUAUACUACGAUGUCACAAAUUCAUAUUAGAGAAGCAUUACAAAGACUUUGUCGCAACAUCGUCUUUAAUCGAAAUUAAAGCGUCAGGCUUUUGUGGGCAUGCUCGAUUGGUUAGCAUUAAUGCGGUGGCCAAUGGUAGACAGAAGAAUGCAGGUUUUUCUUAGAUGUACGAAAGACUCGACAUAUUUCACUUGUCCAUGAGGAAGCAGCUGCUCCACG